AUGUACGAAGGGAUUGACAACCUGAAAUCCCUUUACGACCGUGCCGGGAAGACUUUCUCCGGCGGUCCUUCUGCGGCACAGGAUGUGCCGCGUCGUACUGCUCAACCAGACCCAGUACGUCGAUCAUCAGUUGGGAGCGGGGCUCCCAAGAAUCCCAGGACGGGGGAUAGCCGCGCCACCGGACGAGAUAACUCGUCCGACGUCCGUUCACGUCGCGGUGGUUCAACAGCUGCUCAACUAGAUAGCGCUGGCCACCGCGAGAGUCCUCUAAUGGAGGUGGAGGAGGAGGAAAGACGCUCUCCACACGAUCAUGUGGAUCGGUGUGUACCCGAGAGCUUCUUUGAUCGCGUAACGCAAGGGUUACGCGACGAUCUCGAACAUGAGCGGAAUAGGCGUCUCCAAAUGGCGGACACUGCCUCGAAGCAUCGAGCUGAGUUUGCCUUUGCUCAGCUUGAGAACGAGAGAUCUCUGACAUCUCUUCGUGACGAGCUAAGGGUAGCUCGUGGGAUUGCUGAUCGGUCUCGGGAUGAGAUAGCUGCUCUUCAGACCCUUGUUGAUGCCCACCAUCGGGAGCACAAGGCUCUCUGCGAGAUGCUUGAGCGCAAGGGCGUUCUUCAUCGGAAGAAGCAGCAUACUGAUGGUACGGCUUAA